CCCCAGUCUGAACACAAGAAGCUUCACUCGCCCUACAUUGUAUCAUCAUCAGAUAUCAAUAAGCCGUGCAGGCCGUUUCUGACAACUGACAAUUGUGCGUGUCAUUUCAAUCCAUUCGCAUCGAGCUUUAAUAACCACGAGGUACUUGAGCUAAUAAUGCGCCUUACGUAGUCCGAUCGAUCCGCCGUCGAGCCCGAGUCAACCGAGCCUCUGCGCUCCCCUAUCCAUCUCUCAUCGAACACCUUGGACGGCUUGUAAAUGAACUCGAGGGGACAUCUGCUGCGCGUCCAUGUCCAACGGCGAUUGAUGCGCUCAGCCGCGAACUUGCGCGCUCCCCGUUAGCCUCUGCAAUGCCUAUCUUAACAGCCCUCGCUGGCGGCACCCGCGACUUACUAUCAGCCGUCAUAGUAAAUGACGAGCCGGAUCACAAAGACGGCUCUGGUCUAGGAGAAUGGAGCUCGCUUAUCGGCAUCAUAACAGCUAUCGCCGGGAAUGUGUUGAUCGCGCUGGCCUUGAAUGUCCAGCGUUAUAGCCAUAUUCAGCUGCAUCGAAAGCGCCUCGAGGCCUCGAAACGUGCCCGGAACAAUCAUCGCAAUGGUGGUGUAGCUUCCGAAGAUGCGAGAGUCGAGGAAGAUGACGGUGACACGGUCACUGACACUCAUCCACUUACCCAAUCCUUCCGGUCUGAUGGGUCGAAUUGGACCGAGACCUCGGGUGAUUUACCCAAGAAGUCUGCGUCAUCAUAUCUAAAGUCUCCAUCCUGGUGGCUGGGUCAGGUGCUGGUAACUGUUGGCGAGAUUGGGAACUUCUUAGCGUACGGGUUCGCGCCGGCAUCGAUUGUAUCAACUUUAGGUGUCGUGGCUCUGAUAUCCAACUGUAUCAUUGCGCCUAUUUUCUUUGGCGAGGUAUUCCGCAAGCGAGACUUCUGGGGGGUGGUCAUUGCCGUUGCAGGCGCGGUUACUGUGGUUCUCAGUGCCAAGGGUGAGGAAACCAAGCUCGAUCCCCAUGAUGUUUGGAAUGCUAUUACGACUACGGCGUUCGAGAUUUAUAUGGGCGUAACCAUCUUUCUCAUCAUCGUCUUAAUGUGGGCGAGCCCAAGGUAUGGGAAUAGGACAAUUUUGAUCGACUUGGGUUUAGUUGGACUUUUUGGUGGAUACACUGUAUUAACGACCAAAGGCGUCUCAUCUAUGUUUUCUUCGUCCUUUCUCAAAAUAUUCGCCACUCCUGUGAGCUACGGCCUCGCCAUUAUCCUUGUUGGUACUGCAUUGAUGCAGGUUCGUUACUUGAACAAAGCCCUUCAAAGAUUUGACUCAACUCAAGUCAUACCUAUCCAAUUUGUACUAUUCACGCUAUCUGUGAUUAUUGGAAGCGCUGUUCUUUAUCGCGAUUUUGAGCGUACUACUUUAGAACAAGCUAUCAAGUUUGUCGGUGGUUGUUUACUAACCUUCUUUGGUGUGUUUCUCAUCAGCAGUGGGCGGCCCCAUCACAACGACGAUGACCGGCUGUCAGACGAUGAGAAUAUUGAAGAGACAAUAGGUCUAAGGGACCAAGAAGGGUUUGGUCCUUAUAAUAGUUAUGGGACGGAGGGUGCGAGAGGAGCCUCGAUACAGACCAUUUCAACGUCGACAUCAAGAAGGUCGUCACGGACUUCGCGAGCUAGCUUUUCGCGCGGUGGAAGAUCCUUCAGAAGUCAGGCACCGAUAGUUGCACCCUCUAACGGAACAGCUGAUCAGCCUGACUCUAAGUCGGCUCUAGCCACGCCUACCGAUACAUCACCUUUCCUACUCAGUAAUCCCUGGAGGAGCUCUAUUGAAAAUCAACCGGCUGUUCAUCCGGGUCUGUCACAAACAAUAUCAGUAGACAGUGUCCCCACGAUUCAUUCUGUGUUUUCUGUUGCCGCCUCAGAACCGGUACAAUCUUCACUUAGCCUUCGCCCGCCGAUCCCUCCAUCUUCUCCGGAGCGCCUAGUCACCCCACGUCCUUCCACUCUCGCAUCGCGAUCUCAUAGUCACCAUCAUUUUUCCAAUGCUUAUAUAUCAACAUUGCCUUUAUCUUCUACAGUCAGUGUUGCCGUUGCGGACACUUUGCUGAGACGCGAAGACAGCCCCAUCAAGAGAAAAUUAGCAAAGCGAUUAAGGCCCAACAUCAGAUCCAGUCUCUUCUUCUCCCCAGAUGACCAGGACGACGCCGGUGUCUCCGAACCACUACUCGUUAGGGAUGAUGAAGGUGCUCAUAUUCCAUAUGAAUACGAACCACCAUCAUCGGGGCAAGAGCUUAGUCGUGGAAGAGCACGCAGUCUUAGUAAUACAAUAGGGCAGUUUUUCGGUCGGGCAAAAAGGAGAAGGGGAGAAUCAAACCCUGAAAGUGGCGGAAGCCAAAUCGACUCAUCAUCUGGCCAUGAGCAGCAGGAGGGAGAUUGAGUCCCCUGAGCCCAAAGUUGAUUGGGCAACGAUAAGAAGUUCUUUGCAAAUCGGAAACCCCGGGAGCACUGCUUGCAUUGGAUAGGAGUUCACUAUUGGCAUUUUCAUCCUCCGCGACCAAUUCUCGCUAACACCAAAGGCAAUGUUUUUAUACCCAUAUGUUUGUCAAACCUUCAUGGAUGUUCUACAGCCGAUAGAUUCCAUAGUAGUAGCUAAUACAGCCUAUACUUGUUACAUUAUCGAGUGAUGC